AUGGAAUCCAUAAAUGUGGUGGUUGAUGAUGAACACAAACAAGCAGAUGUCACAUAUGAUGUUGGAACAUUCUGGGAACACGCAGCUGAAGAAUCUAAGAAAGAAGAUGAUUGCAGUCCCACUAUUGUAAAAGCUGAAGCUGAACCCUCUAACAAAGGACCAUCUAUAAGAGUUCAAAAAGAUCAUCCUAGUGAACUUAUUAUAGGAGAUCCCAACAGUGGAGUAGUUACAAGGUCAAGAGAACAGAUGCAAUCAGAAUUUGAAAUGAGUCUAGUUGGAGAAUUAACUUACUUUCUUAGACUGCAAGUUAAACAGAUGGAAGACUCAAUUUUUCUCUCUCAGAGCAAGUAUGCCAAAAACAUUGUCAAAAAAUUUGGGAUGGAGAAUGCUAGUCACAAAAGAACACCUGCACCUACUCAUUUAAAAUUGUCCAAAGAUGAAAAGGGCACAAAUGUUGAUCAAAGCUUGUAUAGAAGCAUGAUAGGAAGCCUGCUGUAUCUCACAGCUAGUAGGCCUGAUAUUGAUUUUGCUAUUGGGAUUUCUCCUUCAAAGAAGACUACUUCACGCUCUGAAACAGCAUCCGACUCUAGGGCACCAAAUAUGGUAGGUGAUCAGGAUGUUGUGCUGGAUGUUGCGCCAUUAAACUCGGUGCCGGCUACUGAUCCUGUUGGUCUUGUCACGAGAAUCUUGAAUGAAGGUCACAAGGUAGAAGGAAUAUCAGUUCCUUUAGCUCAAGCUCCUGCUCCUGAGAACAACAAAGACGAUCAAGUUGAUGCUAGCAAAGAUCAUGUUGAUGUCGAAACAUCUGAAGCUAACAUUGUUGAGAGUUCUGAUGCUAAAGAGGUUGAAUCAUCUGAAGAUAAAGAUGCGGAGAUUCUUGAAACAGAGAAAGCUGAAGAGGUCACUGCUACUUCUCCUAAAGAGAAGCCUACUCGCCCUACUGACAGUGCAAAUGAUGUGGUGGAUCUGGAUAAUCUUGAUGAUCCUAUUGACAUUGCUGAUGAUGAGCUCAUCUCUAGCAUUUCCAACAGAGUCAAGGCUCGAAGGGGAAAGCAGGUUGAUGAUCAACAUCCUCCCAAGACUAAAGUUGCUCCUCUAAAGAAUGCCACCAAAGAAAAGAUCAAGCAGGUCUCUGUUGAACCUUCAAGAACUUGGAGCAAGGUUGUUGUGAAGAAGAGAAAAGAAAGAAGUGUUUCUGACUCCGAAGACAAUGUCCUAAGUGAUGUCCCUGACAUCCCUUCAAAGAAGAAGAUUGCUGUCACAAAAUCCUCCACAAAGGUUCGUGAUGUUCCCUUGGACAACAUUUAUCUGCACUAUGCUUCAAAUUCUAUUCAGUGGAAGUUUGUUUAUCAAAGAAGACUGGCUCUGGAAAAAGAACUUGCAAAUGAUGCUCUGGAAUGUCAAGAGGUCAUGAAGCUCAUCAAUUCUGCAGGUUUGCUUAAAACUGUUACUCAUUUUUCUAAAUGCUAUGAAAUGCUCGUGAAGGAGUUUAUAGUAAAUUUGUCUCAAGAUUGUGCUGAUGGGAGAACUGAGGAUUUUCAUAAGGUGUAUGUUAGAAGAAAAUGUAUAGAUUUUUCCCCUACUGUUAUCAACCUCUAUCUAGGUAGAGAUGAUGAGGCUCAACCUGAGCUUGAAGUGACUGACAAUGAAGUAUGCAAAGUUAUCACUGGUGGUAAGGUUAAGAAAUGGCCCAUAAAGAGUAAAUUGUCUGCUAGUCUUUUGAAUGUCAGGUAUGCCUUGCUGCAUAAAAUUGGUGCUGCAAACUGGGUGCCUACCAAUCACACUUCUACCAUUGCUGUUGGCCUAGGUAGAUUCAUAUAUGCUGUGGGAACCAAGACAAAAUUUGACUAUGGGACUUACAUAUUUGGUCAAACUAUGAGGCAUGUUGGUACCUCUGCUACCAAGCUACCCAUUGCUUUUCCAUCCCUGAUAUGUGGGAUAAUCCUCAAGCAAUACCCUGGAAUUCUGAAAGCUAAAGAUUCUGUAUGUAAGAGGGAGAGUGCUUUGUCAUUUCACUAUAAGCUGCUCCAAAGGUCAGAUGACAUAACAUCUGCUGGGACAUCACAACCCAGCAAGUCUUUGAACAAAACCUUUCUAAUUGCUGAGCUGAAAGAGACUUGUAAAGAGUUGGACAACAGGAAGAUGAAGCUUGAAAAGCUCAUUCAAAGUCUUGAGCAGUCUGCAGAUGAUGAUCAUGCUGGUGGAAGUGAUGGUGACAAUAUGGAUGAAGACAAAGUUGCUGAUAGUGGUGAUGAGGAAGAGGCUGAGGAUGGUGAGGGUACUGAAGAUACUGGGAGUAGUGAUGCUGAUGAAGAGACUAGUGGCUCUAGUGAUGAAGAGACUGAUGGAUCUGACAAUUAG